CCUCUAAUGAAGUGUAGCUUAUCUUUGCUUUGUGGUAGUGUGGUAGUGGUAAAUUUGUGAUUUGUGAUAAAAAAUUCGCUUUUCGUUUUCGCUUCUUCUUAGUUCUUUCACUUCUAUUUUUUUGAGUUUCAUUGUUACAGUUGAAGCUAAUUUGUUGAUAAUUAUACGUCAUUUAACGUGCUGGUUGCUGCUCGAAGUUCGAAGCUCGCUGAUAACGGAUACGGUUGUGUGUUUUGCUCGCUGAAAGUUUCUAGUCAUGAGUGUUUUUCUUAACUUCAAGUUCCAACUUAUAUGGUACAUGUUAGUUCAUUGAUGUUUCGUUGAUAAAUGUAUUUUAAAAAUAAUCAUCACCGUGUUUUGGAAGUACCAGUAGUAUAUUCUGCCAGAGAUCCAUGGAUUCAGUGGAGCCAUCUUCUACGGUUGCACCUGUUCUUACGGUAACGGACGAUGCAGCCGUCGAAAGUACAAAAUAUGCCAUUCUAGCUGCCUUAUUUGUAACCACUUUCGUCUCGAGUUUGCUUCCUCUGCGAAUAGUCUCCAGUUUUCGGAAUGCUCUAGACGCAGAUCGUCGUGCCAAAUAUGGCCGGAUCGUAAGCGUUUUGAAUUGUUUUGCUGGAGGUGUUUUCCUCAGUACGGCGUUUCUCGAUUUAUUUCCUCAAGUUAUCCAGUUGAUGAAAAAGGCUGUGCCUCAGACUACGUUUCCUCUCGCUGAAUUCAUUAUCGCAUUUGGAUUCUUAUCUAUUCUAACUGCCGAGCAAAUUGUGAUCGAUUGUAAUGAAAAAACUACAGAUUGCAGGACACCGAUAGAACGAUUACAAGCUAGAAAUAUUCAGCUAGAAAAAGAAACUUUGACUGUCGUCAAUCAGGAAGAAAAUAUGCAAAAUCAAUUGACGCAAGUUUUGCAAAAAGAAGAGAAUAGAAAAUUACAGACGAAAUUUCACGCUUUAUUUUUACUGACAGCCUUAUGUAUACACUCUUUUUUCGAAGGACUGGCCGUAGGAUUACAAGAAAAUCCCGAAAUCUUGAUUCAAAUAUCUAUCGCUAUUUUAAUUCACAAGAUUCCCGUCGCAUUUAGCAUUGGACUGAACGUAGUUCAAUGCGAAUUAAAACCAUCGGCUGUGAUCCAGUUAGAUUUAUGGUUUAGUUUAAUGACCCCAGUUGGUACAGCGAUCGGAAUAUUUUUGAAGAAAUUAUCGCCAUUUCAAUAUUUCAACCUGCUGAACGGCGUAUUAACCGGCAUAUCAACCGGAACUUUCAUUUUUAUCAUAUUUAUAGAAAUAUUACCGAAAGAAUUGAAACGAGGCCAAGCGCGUUUACUGAAUCUACUAUUUUUACUUUUUGGAUUCUCGUCAAUCUGCGCAUCGGUUAUUUAUGAAACGAGACAGUAGCCAAACACCUCGAUUACAUGACAAAAAUUCUUCAGUUACCAAAGGAGCAAUUUCUAAGUAUCCGUUUUCAUUUUUUUUUUUUUUAUAAGGAAUUUGGUCAAGUGUGUGUAUAUUUUUUUCUACGUCCAUGUCCUAGAAAGACAAUCUUUUUAGAUACUGCGUAUUUUUUAGAGGAUUUUUUUAAUUGAUAUCCGUUUUUUUUGUUUUUGCUUUUUAGUGUUUUGUUUGUUGUACAUAUUUUCUUUUUUCUUGUUUUGCUGUAAGUUAAUGGGUUAGAUUUACCUAUCAUCGUCUAAUUUGAAGAUUUUUCUCUCUAUUGUAUUAAGUACAUGUGUGAUGAGUGUAAUUUUUUUUUCAAAAAAAAGGAACCCCGUAGUCGAAUUUCUCGUGUGUGAGACUGUGAGAGCGAAAGGAGGACGGUAGUAGACCAAUGUGAUAUUUAUUAUUUUGAUGGGAAUUUCGCGAUAUACAUAUGUACAUAGUGAGGAUAGAGCCCAGUUCUUACGAACAGUAUUAUAUGAUUCGGUUAUUCGCAUUUGUUAGACAAUAAUAAUUUCGGAAUAUGCGUAAAUUUACGACGUAACGUUAUGUUUAUAAUAAUGUACCAAAAAAAUGUCAAAAAAUAACCGUUGUAGUAUUACAUUUAAUAAUAUCACAUUUAAAAAUAUUUCGAUGGUAUUUGAAAGCGUUACGGAUAACAUUUUUUAUCAAGUUUUUAUUUUCAUUUUAUUUUAUUGUGUAAUGUACAUUUUUUUUUUUUUUUUUUUUUUGCUUAAAAUGAAAUACUUAAGAAUCUCAUUUUGAAUACUCAAAAAGUAAUUUAUCAUUUAAACGUGAAAUUGAAUUACCCCAUUAGUGUCAAGCCAUCUUUUUGAGUUCUAAUCAAGUGCCUAUAUUCAACACUCUAAAUUGAUGAUAAUGAGUAUAUAAUGGACGUAUAAUGGACGUUUUUGUUCGUAGUGUGAGCGGAAAGGGAACAGUAAAUACUGAACGAUUUGUACGUUGGAACUUCAUUUACUCACGCUGUUGUUAAAAAUUUAUUGUAUAAAGAGUAUUAUUUGUAUUAAUCUAUCUCGAUAACAGUGUUAUAUCUUAUGUUGAAUAAACUGUGAUAAUUUUUCAAAA